GGGCGGAGUAUGGUUAUGAAAAAAUAAAUUAAAAAUUCCUCAAAAGGUUUAAAAAAAGAUAUAAUUUCAGUAUCAAAAUGCAAGAACAAUGAUGUCCGCGUGGUAUCGCCGGAGCCGUAAGGACCUGGAGAAUGACGAGAACAGGUCUGCUUUACCGCAUAGUGGACAGUGGGAAUUCUACCGCUCCCUACUACAUGGGAUAAAACCGUAACUGGGGCCAUUAGAAAGUACAACUUGUCCUGCACAAAAUAAGCCCUCGUGAGGCUGUGCGACUACGGGAAGGUGGAAAAUCCCAGGGUCCUUAAGGGGUUAAGGGUUAGUGUGAGGCGACCGCCCACCACGGAGAGGAGGAAGCUGAUUGGCUGACUGGGGCUCUCCUCCCCCUCAGGGGGUGGUCUCCUCCUGUUAACCCUUUGAUCACAGCGCAUGCUUCCAGCAUUAUUCACACCUGGCAGGAAUGUGCCCAAUACCGCAGCUCUUGUGGAGGAGCAGCAGGGGAGGGCCCUAACAAUGCCACUGGACACCGCACUAAUGACCUCCAGGAAGACUACAUGAUGGGGAGAGUAGUGCGCAGCAGACUGGGCCGCACAUUGGAUACAGCAGUAAACGCCAUCCGCUGUAAGGACCCUCUGACGUCCUAGUGUCAUAUGAUAUUGGAAGCAUCAAUUUAGGGCCAUGCGCCUCACAGUACAUACCAUCAUGUAUUACCCCCGCUUCUCUACCUGGAGUCAGCGUGAAACCCACACAAGGUCCUUUCUGUGCAUGGAGUUCAGACAACCUAAAUAGGCGCUCCUCAGGCACUAUCACGUGACUUGUGAGCGCACGCGCAGUACUGGCAGUCGGGCCCGCGCACGCCCUGUCGCCUGGAGACUGUUGCCGGGCAGCAGAGGCCGAUUCACAGCAACUUCCGGCCGCGGAGACCGUCAGAGCUCGUUACGGCCGCCUGGAGAAGAUGAGCGACCUUGUGGCGGUGUGGGAGGUCGCGCUCAGUGACGGGGUCCACAAGAUCGAGUUUGAACAUGGAACGACCUCAGGGAAACGCGUUGUGUACGUGGACGGGAAGGAAAUCAUCCGGAAGGACUGGAUGUUUAAACUGGUCGGGAAAGAGACAUUUCCAGUCGGCGCCUCGCAGACAAAGGCCACCAUCAACAUUGACGCCGUCAGCGGCUUUGCCUAUGAAUACACCCUGGAAGUGAACGGUAAAAGCCUCAAGAAAUACAUGGAAAACCGCUCCAAGACCACCAAUACGUGGGUGCUGCACGUGGAUGGGGAGGACUGCCGGGUGGUGCUGGAGAAGGACACGAUGGACGUCUGGUGCAAUGGAAAAAUGUUGGAGACGGCAGGGGAGUUCGUAGACGACGGCACCGAGACGCAUUUCACAAUUGGCAACCACGACUGCUGUAUAAAGGCUGUGAGCAGCGGCAAACGCAGGGAAGGCAUCAUCCACACGCUGAUCAUGGACGAGCGGGAAAUACCUGAGAGCAGCGAGUAAUGUCUGUCACCGCUCAGGUCCUCAUCAGGAGUCUGCAGGUGUCAGUGGAUGUUACCCCGGAGCCGCACAUGUUACACCCCCUCUUCCUGCCGUCACCCGGGGGGGGCCACAAACUUUUAGCUUUCAGAGGACUUUAUUUUGUUAAUACAAAAGGAGUUUUGUCUUUUUUUUUUUUUUACUUUUGUUGAAGAAACUAAAGAUGAAAAUUUAUAUUCUGAUAUAACAUCAUGUCAAUGACUCUAGUCACAUCCAAAGCUGCAGUCACUAUUCUGUUACAUCAUGUCAAUGACUCCAGUCACAUGCAGAGCUGCCCUGAGGUUUUGAGAUCAUGUUGCAUAGUACCGAACAGCUUUGGAUGUCGCUGGAGUGUGAGACAGGGUGGACUGAUAUCACGACGCUUCUGUAGCAGUGGUGAAUGAUGGGUUGUGCAUGCCUCCUUGCUGAUGGGUUCCCUGUGAUAAGUAGGUCAUGGGGGAUACUGUUGCUGGGGCCCUGCUGAUCAGUUAUUACAAGGACAUGUGACCUCCAUUGUAAGUGAUGUUCCCCGGGCAGUGCUGGUACCUGUAGUACAACAGAUCUCCCUUGCAGCAUGGAUUCCGUUAUAACUGGGAUCCUCAGCAUACAUGUGAACAGAGCCAGACAUGGCGGCGUCCUGUGGGGGGUGCUGUUUAGGGCAGUCUGUGCCGUGAUGUCAUCGCAGCUCUCCAGCUGGCCUCAGGUGUAAGAGCCACUGCUGCCAAAGUGUCCACAAUCCCCACUGCAGCCAAUCAGAGGGCAGCAUCAGGUGGUGAAGCCGGGACCUGAUUGGUCGCCUCGUCCUGGCGCUUUUUAUUAUGUAAAUAUUUUAACAUUUUUCUUAUUUUCUUUAAUCCGAAAUCCCAAUGAAUAAAAUCUCCCGAUGAUUUGUGCUGUUA